ACCUGUGAAAUAUACCAGAAUAAGAUUUUCAUGUUGUAAAACUUUCCUACUUGAGUUCUUGUCACAAGGGUCAUGGACAGGCUCGAUGCAAAAAUUUAAUAUACUUUCAAAUGACUAAACUUAAAAAAGAGAAAAAAAUAACUGGUGACACAAAUAGCAUUAGGUAAAAAUAACAAUUAAUAAAAAAGGAACAGUUUUCAGAAAUAAAAUGGAUAAAGUGUUUUUUCAGCUAAAAAUUCCACUGGAUUAAGAGACGUUUAUGAAUUUAACCAACUAUUUCAAACAGAAAACAUGAGUAAAUUUUGGAUAGUAGUUUUGUUUUGCAUUGCUGCAUGUGUGCGCACGUGUAAUGGAAGUGCGUGGCUUCAAGAUCCGCCGAGUAGAUCGGCAGCGUGGUAUUAUCAGAUUAAAACACCGGUCAAUUACAACUUCAGAAACUUAGAUUGUGGUGCAGUACCUGUAAAGAUAAAUGCAGACGGUAGUAGAAAUUGCGGUUUGUGCGGCGACCCAUACACAGACAAGCCUCCAAGAGACAAUGAAGUUGGCGGGAAAUAUGCAAAUCCGAGAGUUCGAACGAGAUUUUACGAAUCGGGUCAGGUCGCAGAGAUAAGUAUAUGGAACAAUUUACCAGGAGCACCUGGCUUCUAUGAGUUCCGACUGUGUGAUGAAGAUUCAAACCAGACACAGGCGUGUCUAGAUAAACAUUUAUUGACAAUAACUGACACCGGUAAAACAUACAUGGAAGUUCCUCCAACACAAGGUCUUAUCAUCAUUCAUGUACAACUUCCGGCUGGGGUCACGUGUAACUACUGCCUCCUGCAAUGGCGCUUCAGAAAAGAAACUUAUGCUGGGUGUGAUGAUCAGAAAUGGUGUAGAGUACAAGGUGCUCAGACCGAGUACUACAAUUGUGCUGAUGUAAUGAUUGGUAACGUUGGACAGCCGAAGCCAAGCUACAUUUCAGAUCCUAUAUACUCGGCUUCCGACUACGGAAGUGCGUAUGAUGUAGCCACGACACGAACAGACCAACCUGACGGCAGUAAUCUCAAUGGCACUACAACAGAGGUCAUGACAACAACAACAACAAAGGGUGUGCCUGUAAUCACGAUCCCUACCGGAUUUCCGGUUACUACGACAACAAGUGGUCCGGGAACUACAAAUAGGCCGGUUACAGUUAUCACAACGGGAACGACACAAGUUAGACCCACAUCGACACCAGAAAGCCCUCGUCUUGUCAUCGGCUCGAGUGGAAACUCAAUAGGUGGACAAACCAUCUCUAAUGGCAACGGAGGCUCAAGUAAUAACAAAUAUGUUUUUGCUUUACUGAGUUUAAUACCACUUUUGGGUGCGGUUAGUCUACAUAAUAGCCGGGCAUUAGGACCUGUUCAGCCACCCCCAGUUCCACCAAUAGCAUCAGUCACGUGGGCAAGAGCACUCCCCAUUUACCCAUUACAAAUUGAAAAUAACUAUGGGUUUGGAAACUUUGCUGCAGGAAGUCCAGCGUUCUCGACAACUGGCACAUAUGGCGGAAAGAAUGGGAAAGGUACAUACGGUUCAAAGUCGAGUUAUCAUGCCGGUUAUUCUAUAUACAACGCAGGCUUAUCAGCUACAAAUUUGAAUUCUCAAGGCACAAAUACAGGCAUCAGUAAUCAGUUGUUAGCAAGUCAACAAAACAGGAAUAUGUUGACCAACAAUAAUAUCAACACACAAUGGAACCAGGCAAGUAACUUUAACAAAAACUCUUUCAACAAUAACAAUGGAUUUCUGAACAAUGGGAGGGGGCAGUUUGCACAAAAUCCAGUCGUCUGGAAUAACGGUGUAACCGUUAAUAACGGUAUAACUCGUCACGUCUUCCCUAGGUCCGUUAACUUUCAGAGUGGCACAUCCUACCAACCAACUCCAAACCAGUACUCAAAACCGAUUGGAACAAUCCAAAAGAAUUCACAUCUCUCUCAGAACGAGUAUGGUACCAGUCAUCAAUCUGGAUACGGACAAAGCAACAGUAUAGCCCACCCUAAUACAAGGUUACAAGUACCAACAAAUGUAAACUGGCAAGGACAUCAAAGGAUACAUAAUGUACAAAACACUCGGGUCGGGCAGGGAACGCGGAAUUGGGCUAACAAUGCUGUAAACACAGCCAAUAACAACUGGCAGAAUAGUGGCGACUUUAAUUCUGGUAACAAUGCAAAUAUAAACGGAGCAGGAACCGGACAAAGGCUACCAGUACCAGAAACAGUUACGUCACGCAUGCGUAUAAUGAAUCCUAAAGUUACUCCGCCGUCUGACAAUACAUUUAAUUUACCUGGAAUCGAAAGUGCUUCAAGAUUUCAAGUAAAUAGUCCCAGAAAUAUCCUUGAAACAUCUCAACCAAUUAAAAAUCUUGUUGGUUCAAGAAGCACAUCAAAUGGCGCAGUUUUACAGAAUGGUGGAGGAAAAUUGAAUGCCAUUUUCACAGAAGCACAGAAUAACAACAAUUCAGGUGCAGGAAAAGGUAGACCACGAUUUCUUGUAAAUGAAUGGUAUAAUAUGCUGUUAAAACGGUUGCAAAGUGAAGGAUCGAGAAGUUUAUAAAUAAUAAGUUUCCGACGUAGUAUUUAAAAGAAGAAAAAACAGACCUAAAUGAGGACAGAAUAUCAUUUUGAAAUUGCCGGGUUUGAAACUACGUCAGCACAUCGUGGGCUUGUCACAGACAUAAACUCAUACAGUACAGUGACGAUAUUGUCGGCUUUUAUUGAUCAGUAGCCAAACGUUUCACUUAAGUUAUAUCUUAACAAACCACUCAGUGAGGAAUGAAAUUGUCACGGUGAAAAUUUCUAUCUUAGAAGAAGCCAAAACAGUUUACAUGUUUACAUUUACAAUUACAGAAACGAGUGCCAGCACGCAUCUCUAAACAAGAUUGCGUUAUUUAGAGCCUUUAAUUCGGCUUUUGAUCUUCGUCUUUAUAUUGAUGACUUUUUUAUAAGUUGAACUCUGACAUCUUGCCAAAAUGUUCUAAAUGAAAAACUUGUAUAUUUUGUUUAAAAAAUGUAUUGUAAAAUUGUUGGAAUAUGACUUAAUCAACAACUGACACAUUGCCUCAAAGUCUUCUAAAUUAGGAUAUUGUUUCAAAUGUCUUAAUAAGCAUUUUAAAACAUGAUAUUGUUUUGUUUGAACUUUAUUGUUUCAAUUCAAUGUUAUCAAUAAAAUAAUCUUGUUAAGUGUUAUUGUCAAUACAUAUCAACAACGUUUGCAACUUAAAUAAACUUAAGGUAUGACCAUCCUACUGCAUUAGCGCCGCUUUGAAAGGUAUUCAAAUAGGCAACUGCAUUGAAACUUAGGACCGUAGGUUCAAACCCCAUAAGGGUCAACUUUUUUUUCUUUCAUCACGUCCGGUCAUAGUAUAUAAAUGGAUACGCCGAAGACCAUAAGCUAUACUAAUGCAAGACUGGACAUUGAAAAAUAUUUUUGUAUGUAUAAAGGAUAGGUUACACGUUAAGCAUUUUUCAAGAUUCCGAUAGGAAAAUGAGACUAAAAUGUUGUGUGUGUCUGUGUUGGGGGG